GAAUGUGAAGCCAUUUCUUGUCCAUAACAACAUGAUGAUGAUGAUAAUGAUCCUUUUCUCAGUCUUCUUGUCUUUGCUUAUGAAGAGCAGCAUGAGCUGGAGAGAUUUCUCUGAAUCUUUUACCAUAAGCACCCUAGAAUAUGUGAGCAUAAAAGAAGACUGGAAAAGUAACGGUUAAUGGCAUGCAGUCCCUUGUCUCCCUUUCCUCUUAACUUUUUCUCACCAUCUGCUUGUUUUUGUUUUUGUUUAUGCAUCUGUCAUCCCCCUCUGGGUUCUGGGUUAAUAAGUUAGGUGGUGAAAUCAAUCCCUUUUAGUUGUGAAAAGUGAAGGAGUUUCCUUUGCGCUGAAAGGGGCUUGAAUUGUAUGUGCUGCUCACAGCUAUCCAGAGCAUUUGUAGAAGACACCUACCUACUGCUUGUUUUUUUUUUCUUAUUGCUAAUUGAGAACAAUGAAGUUAAUUUUUAGAGUCUUAAAAUUAAUGGCAGCCUAAUGUGUGCAUAGUGAACAAGCGUCUCUUAAAUGGAUCAACAUUAAACAUUGCAUCUUCCAAUCUGUUGCCUUAUUAGGUAUAGAAAUGUGAAGGGUUGAGCUUUUCUCCCCCUUAAUUUGUAAUUAAAAUCAUCCAUGACAGCUAAUUUAUAUUAGUGAUGUUCCACUGCAAGCUGGUCAAAAUCACAGUAGGGAAGGGACCCUGUAGAGUGAUCAGUCCUCUCCUCAUCCUGCAGCUUGGCUGGAUCAAUCUUGCUUUGCAAAGUCUCCUGGCAGUUAGAAUAGGUAGGCUGGAGUUAAAUUUCAUAGUAGUUGAAUAACUCGACCUGCCAAAGAUGAAAUUCUCUGUUGCUAAGUCCUGCCCUCUGUAGGGCAUGGAGCAUCACUAACAAUCCAGUAGCAGCACAUGUUUUCUUACUAAUAAAUGCAAUGCAAGCCCCUUUGUUAAAACUGAUCCUGUUCUUUCUAUCUGUUAGUCUUAGAAAUGCUGCCACUUUACUUUCAAAGUAUCAUUUAAUUUUUGGUUUGCUGGGGUGGUGGGUGUCUGUCUGUCUGUGUUGUUUUGGGGCACCAAACUUGUCUCUCUUUGGUUAUGUUCCUUCGUGAAACAUUAAGGUUUCCAUACAGUUUACUCUAAUUUGGCUUGAUUGCCCAAGGUGGUGUGAUGGAUUGGAUUGGCCCAGAAAAUAAAAGUUUUUUUCCUUAUUAAUCUUUUUAAAAGUAAACUGAUGGUUACCUUAAAAUCUUUCUUGGUUUUGGGGGUGGGUGUGGGGGUUCUUUUUUAAUUUUUCCCCAGAACACUCUGUAAAUUGCAGCUAAAUAUUUGCAGUCAGGCAGCUGAGCUGCAUGUGGCAUGUCAGCCUUGCAAAAUUCUCCUUGCCCAGGAAAAGUGAAUUUCUGGAUAGGCAAGUAAAUACCCUCGAGGAAUUUCUCAAUACUGGAAAUCAUUGUGGGAAGAGGGAAACGUUUGUGCAACUUCACAGUACGAGGCUGAGGCUGAAUUGCAUCAUCAGCAGAUGGCGGAUCCAGACCUGUUGGAGGAAUCUUCUUCGCUCCUGGAUCCGAGUGAGGUGGGAAGAGGAGCCGCCUUACGACUUGGAUUUGUGGCUGGUGUGAUCAACCGUGAGAGAAUCCCUACAUUUGAGCGCAUGUUGUGGCGAGUGUGUCGAGGGAACGUAUUUCUGCGUCAGGCAGAAAUUGAAAACCCCCUGGAGGAUCCUGUAACGGGAGAUUAUGUGCACAAGUCUGUGUUUAUCAUCUUUUUCCAAGGUGACCAGCUGAAGAACAGAGUCAAGAAAAUUUGUGAAGGGUUCCGUGCCUCCCUUUAUCCCUGCCCAGAAACACCACAGGAAAGGAAGGAAAUGGCUUCUGGAGUCAACACUAGGAUUGAGGAUCUGCAGAUGGUGCUGAACCAAACAGAGGAUCAUCGCCAGAGAGUUCUACAGGCAGCUGCUAAAAACAUCCGCGUCUGGUUCAUCAAAGUGCGAAAGAUGAAGGCCAUCUACCAUACCCUGAACCUGUGCAACAUUGACGUGACUCAGAAGUGUCUCAUUGCUGAAGUCUGGUGCCCUGUUGCUGACCUCGAUUCCAUUCAGUUUGCUCUCAGAAGAGGCACGGAACACAGUGGAUCCACUGUCCCAUCCAUUCUGAAUAGGAUGCAGACCAACCAAACCCCUCCCACUUACAACAAAACCAACAAGUUCACUUCUGGAUUUCAAAACAUAGUAGAUGCAUAUGGCAUUGGAACUUACCGGGAGAUAAAUCCAGCUCCGUAUACAAUUAUCACUUUCCCCUUUCUGUUUGCUGUGAUGUUUGGAGACUUUGGCCAUGGAAUCCUGAUGACACUAAUAGCUAUGUGGAUGGUGCUUAGGGAAAGUCGCAUUUUGUCACAGAAGAAUGACAAUGAGAUGUUCAGCAUGAUUUUUAGUGGUCGCUACAUCAUUCUGCUAAUGGGAAUGUUCUCCACUUACACUGGUCUCAUCUACAACGACUGCUUCUCCAAAGCACUUAACAUGUUUGGCUCAUCAUGGAGCGUCCGGCCAAUGUUUACCAAUGCCAAUUGGACAGAUGAGCUACUUCACCGUGCCCCUGUCCUGCAGCUGGAUCCUGCAGUUCCUGGGGUCUUUGGUGGGCCAUAUCCCUUUGGCAUUGACCCAAUUUGGAAUAUCGCCAGCAACAAACUGACCUUCCUCAACUCCUUUAAGAUGAAGAUGUCUGUGAUUCUCGGCGUUAUCCACAUGCUUUUUGGUGUCACGCUCAGCCUUCUCAACCACAUUUACUUCAGGAAGCCACUGAAUAUCUACCUGGGGUUUAUUCCUGAGAUAAUUUUCAUGUUGUCUUUGUUCGGCUACCUCGUUAUCCUCAUUUUCUACAAGUGGACUGCCUAUGAUGCUCAUACCUCAAAGGAUGCACCAAGUCUUCUAAUCCAUUUCAUCAACAUGUUUCUCUUCUCCUAUGCUGAUCCUAGUAAUAAGAUGCUUUAUAAAGGGCAGCAAGGACUUCAGAGCUUCCUGGUGGUGAUCGCAUUUCUUUGUGUGCCCUGGAUGCUGGUAGUUAAACCCCUCGUCCUUCGCCGUCAGUACUUAUGGAGAAAGCAUUUGGAAGGGCAAUCCGUGGAGGGCCAAGUCAGCACAGUCCAGAACGAGCAGGCACUAGAAGCAGCAGCGGCUGCAACAGGAACUCACAACUUUGGUGGCAUCCGGGUGGGUAAUGGACCCACUGAAGAAGAUGCAGAGAUCAUUCAACAUGACCAGCUCUCUACCCAUUCUGAGGAAGGGGAGGAGUUUGAUUUUGGGGAUACCGUAGUUCAUCAGGCCAUCCAUACCAUUGAGUUCUGCCUGGGGUGCAUCUCCAACACAGCCUCCUACUUGCGCCUUUGGGCUCUGAGCUUGGCCCAUGCACAACUUUCUGAAGUGCUCUGGACCAUGGUGAUCCAUGUUGGCCUCAGUGUGAGGAGUCUAGCUGGCGGCUUUGGCUUGUUCUUCAUAUUUGCUGCUUUUGCAACCUUGACUGUUGCAAUCCUUCUGAUCAUGGAGGGGCUAUCGGCUUUCCUUCAUGCUCUCCGUUUGCACUGGGUUGAAUUCCAGAACAAGUUCUACUCUGGUACAGGAUUCAAGUUUCUCCCUUUCUCCUUUGACAGCAUCCGUGAAGGAAAGUUCGACGACUAGUCGUUUCCCCUGGCUUGAGCUGCUUGGAUGUUUGUUUGUGGUUUUUAGUUAGUUCCUAUCCCCAGCAUCUGUGUUGUGCGUAGCUUCCUUACAAUAACAUACUGCCUCUAAAAACGACUUACCACAGCAGAUUGCAGUACUUCAGAAGAGGAGUGGAGAGCCAUUGCAUCACACUCUGUAUUGAGUGUAAUUGAUGCUGGUUCACAGUCUCUUCUCUCUGUUCUAAGCAAACAGUGUGUUGUUGAAUGUGUUUACAGUAAGAGAUGUUGCAUAGGAAGUGUUUGGAGUUGAUGUAUUGUGUAUUUAUGAUAUUGUAUAGUACUUAGCUGCACAGCUGGCUUCUGUAGGGGAAAAUGCAACCUGUUGCACUAGAAACAGAUGAACAGGAGAAAAAUGGAGAAGCUUUUAUCUGUCCUUGUAACCUCUGAUUUAACCAAAUGAAAACCAUUGGUGCACAAAGGAACCUUUUUGGGUGAGCCAGGCAUUAUGUAUCCCAGAAUUCACCCCUCCCUUCCAUGCACGUGGGAGUCUUGUUUGUUCGUUCCAAGGUGUGUGUGUGUGUGUGGGGGGGGGUUAUGUGCAUUAAUUUGAUUGUCUCCUUUUGUACUGGGAGUAGUGGUCUCUGCUGAUCCUUCAUGCUGUGUGAUCUGCUAGCUUAAGGAAAUGAGGUGGUAAAGCAGGUUUCCCUCUCCCAGCUGAUAAGUAGCCUGUCUUUCAUCUGCAUUUCUCUGCUCAGUCUAUCACCUUACUCAAGCCUCAUGCUAUUAGAGGAGAAAAGAGAUAAUUAUUUUUUAUUCUCCAUUUGGGUGUUAAGACUUGGCCUACAAUUUGUCCAUCAUAGACUGAUCGUUUCACGUGGAGGUGGGUCCUCUAAGACCCUGGGUCUCCACUGCACCUUGUUUUAAUCAAGGCAGUGUGAUGUCCAGUGGUGCCAGGGCAAGAUGCUCUGAGUGAAGAAGAGUGCUUGCUUAACUCCCAUAGGACCCAACAGUCCCUCUGCCUUUAGUGCGCAGGAUAUGUUCCUGGAAACAUCCUCUGGAUGUCGUGUUCCAGUGAUCUUCCUCCCAGAGCGUUAUCAGUGUUGUUUGAUAGAACAGGAACUUGGCAGGGCCCUUAGGGCAUUCCUAGACAGGAGGGAAUGUUCUUCUGCCACAGUACUCCCAGCUCCAGCUGACCUAGAGAACAAAGCCUCAGUCUUGCAUCCCUUAGCACUGGUCAGUGCAGAGGUUGUGUGUUAGACUGGCUGCCUACAUGGUAUAGGUGGAACAGGUUAAGAACACCAAAGUAAUAUCAGUGGGGCAAAAUAGACGCUUGUGAAUGUUUUGGCUCUUACUAAAACUGCAGCCACUAACUGGUUUCUACCCAUCCAUCACCUGUGUAUAUGCAGAUAAUGAUAUUUCUGUGGUGUUCGACCUGACACUGCUGUCUUCUGAGAGCCUUGGAGGCAGUGGUCUACAUUCUGCUUGUGUUGAGGCCACAUCGCUUCUGUCAGCAUUUCUAUGCUUAGCAAUCUUGAAACCUGAGGUAGAAAAUUCUUAGCAUUUAGUAUGUCUUGGUUUCCAAAACGCUCUUGCUCUCUAGUGCUGACUCUCUGGGGCUAGGCUUUUUUAUUGAGUCUAUGGGAGCAUGCAGACACUGGGUACCACAGUAUACUGAAGUUUUCUGUGCAAAUUUUGUGCAGUUGACACUUAAAGUGUUUAAUGCAUAUGGGCAAUAGCACCAAAGAGUUUAGAAAUGUUUUAACAUGUUGUAUCGUAUUGGUGUUCUGGGCUUUUUGGCCAACUGAUUUCUCUUGUCGUGCAUAGGAAUUCAUGUUGUCCUUCCCCGCCCCACAUCCCUUAAUCUACAUAAGAUAAAACCCAUUAAAAUGGUUUCCAUGUAUGUAAAGUUUCAGUAAGAUCCCUCAGGUCAAUGGUUGCCUUUUCCUUUGCAGGGUGUGAAUACUUGCUUGCAUUCUGUCAUGGAAGUAGCCUCAGGAGUAGUGAUGUGUAGUGUCUGUCUGGUGUGAUCCACCACAAUAGGUACUCUCUGUGUCGUGUAUAUGUAUGUGUGUAUAAGUAGUCUCUAAACAAUAACUGGAAUCAAUUACAGCUGGCAAUCACAGGGGAAAAUACCAUUAAGUGCAGGUUUCUUCAAAAUGGCUUGAGAAAGGUGUGUCUGAUUGAGCACUUAAAGGAAAGCCUAGAUUGAGGUGGGGGAACUGGUAGGAUGGGGGUGUCUAACUUAUGACAUUGUCAAGUGGAGUGCAGGUCACAACGGGCAGAGUUCCUGGCAGUGCCAUGGCAUUGUGGGUGGGCAGCUCCAUGGUAAUUCACCCAAACUGUUUGUGUGUUGAUUCUUACUGUAUGUUUACAAUAAUGUAUUUUGAAAACUGCAAGGUGAAAUGAAGUCUGGUGUGUAGCUGGAGCAGUAACAGUAACUAACCCCACUGGCCAUAUUGGGGGGUGGGGCAGAACAUGUCACGGAUGUUUACUGUACAAAUUAAACUUUAAGUGGAGUGAAACA